CCAAACUGUCAGUUGUAUUUUUGCUGCUGAGCAAAUUAUUUCAACUAUAUAUUUCUGUCGAUUAUUAAGUCAAAGAUGAUGUUGUAUUGGGUAGUGUUAAUUUCAAUGGCAAGCAUCACUCUAGCUGCUCCACACGAGAAAUUGGUUAAAAAGCAAGUCGAACGCUCAACGCUACCGAAAUACAAACACGUGGGUUGUUAUAAAGACGAAGGAAACAGAGCCAUACCAACUCUAGAGGGUACCGAUAUACGACUUGAUGGGGAUUACUCGACUCGUUCAAAUCCAAUACAAAAAUGUGCCGAGGUAGCUAGAGAUUUGGGUUAUUCCAUGUUCGCAGUGCAGGACGGAGGGUGGUGUGCAUCAAGCGCAAAUGCAGAGAAUACUUUUGCCAUAUAUGGAGCUUCUUCGUUAUGCAGCAAUGGAGAAGGUGGAGCAUGGGCAAACGAUGUGUAUAGACUGAUAGAUGAAGGUAGGAAAACAAUCUUCGUGCAUUUACAAAUAUUUGCAACUACUGUCAUAUUUGUAACUAGUCAUGUUAUACUGUUAUAG